CGCCCACUUUCUCCUCAAAGACUUGCAGCGCCACUUUUUUUUUUCUUCCUGUCAAACGAAAACAACAUGGCAGACAUCAACAUCCAAUCCGCAGGAAGAAGCGGCGGGAUUGUGAUUGCAGACGACUGGCCCGGUUACAGUUUAGAUCUCUUCAGUUAUCCGGCUCAUUAUUCCGGUGAUUUACAAUGUGUGUUCAUCCCACACGGUGUGAUUAUGGACAGGACAGAACGUCUGGCUCGAAACAUCAUGGAUGACCUGGGCGACCAUGACAUCGUGGUGCUGUGUGUGCUGAAAGGAGGCUACCAGUUCUGUGCCGACCUGGUGGACAAGAUCAAAGCCCUGAGCUGCACCUCCAGCCGCACUAUUCGCAUGAGGGUCCAGUUUGUCCAUCUGAAGAGCUACCUGAAUGACCAGUCAACGGAGGAUCUCCACAUCGUGGGGGCUGAGGAUCUGUCGUUUUUAAAGGGAAAGAACGUCCUGAUUGUGGAGGCUGUCAUAGGUACGGGAAAGACGAUGGAAACUCUCCUGAAUCACGUGGAAGCCUUUAGGCCAAAAAUGAUCAAAGUGGCAGGGUUGCUGGUGAAGAGAACGCCACAUAAUUCCAAAAGUCUCCCCGACUACAUUGGCUUUGAGAUUCCCAAUCGUUUUAUGGUUGGAUAUGCUUUAGACUACAAUGAGUACUUUAGAGACCUUAAUCACAUCUGUGUUAUCAACGAAAGCGCGAAGAUCAAAUACAAGAUUUAAGUGGACGGCUGUGAAGCGGAGAGCAUUGCACAGAUGCCGUCUUCCAGCAAGCCGGAACAUAUUUCUCCAAAUGCCACUCGCAGCUGCUGUUAUGUCAUUUGAUCUCAAGCGUCAGUACCAAACAACUAAUCGAUUGAGGAAAAUAAUUGAUAGCUUAAUAAAAAUUUGAAAUAAAUUACAGUUGCAACUCUGUGACAGUAUAAGUGAAAGGCUGUGAGACUUGAUCUCAUCACUGCAAAGUCUGUUUUACUCUGCAAAAUUUACUGUGUAGCGACAUAUGUCGCAAAUGCCUAAAACAAGCUGUUUCAGGUGCAAAGUAAUUUUCUACGUUUACAAAUGGUGAUCGUGAGGACUUUGAGCGCCCUUAUUGUAACAUUUCAACUGUAUUUAAACUGUUAAAACAGAUUUUUCACAGUAUGACCCCCCCCUUAAAAAUGCAACUUUAUUCUAUAUGUUUAUGAAAUAGGUUUUAGAUGGACAUCUCUUUCUUUUCAAGUUCUGCUGUCUGUUUGGUCAAAUGUCAUCAGUUUUACUGUUUCUCGUGUGCAAUGUAAAGGAUUUGAUUGUCCUAUAAGAUGCAUGAAUGUGGUUUUUGUCAGAUCAGGAAGUGAUGGUUUUACAUUGAGACUGUCAGCUCCUCUUCUGAAAGAGAAUGUUGUACUGGUGUUUUGAGUUUUUUUUUUUUUUUUUUUUAACAGGACACCAUCACUGCAAGUGGUGAUGAAAUGAUAGAUUUUGUUACCUUUUUCAAUGCCUUCUUAAUAUUUAACUCUUGUUUUAGUGUUGGCGUUAAUUCUCAGGGUGGUUUUGUAAAAUACAAUGUAUGGUGGUAAACGCAUUGCAUUUAUAUAGAGCUUUUCCAUCUAUGUCACAAGCUCAAAGCGCUUUACAUUAAUGACUCCCAUUCACACACACAUGCCAUGCGAGGCGCUCACUAUGUACCGGGACCAACGUGGGGAUUAAGGACCUUGCCCAAGGGCCCUUAGUGAUUUUCCAGCCAGAUGGGGGUUUGAACCGAGGAUCCCACUGGUUAACUGCGGGAUCAUCACCUCCACAUGGUGGCUGAUAGAGGACACUUAAAAAAUUAAAACACCACCAAAUGCAGAAAUACAAACACAAAAAAAAGCAUUAAUUCAACAGGUAGUUGCAUCAAAAAAUAUUUUCCAAAUUGAUCCCCACACACACACACCACAGAACACAAAUAUAACCUUCAGCACAUGCAGCAGUUUAAUUUCAUAACAUGUCUUGCAAAAAAUAGAUGUGCUGCAAAGCUCCACAGCACAACAGAGGCACUAACAACACAAAAAGAGCUUUCUGCCUUUGAGACUUAACUGCUGACCUGUUCAGUGCAUCUCAGCACUGCCUAGUAAGUUUAAUUCUUCACUAUGAUGAUUUUUUUUUCUUACCCAAGCUAUAUUUUCACAUUUCUUUUUUUUUCUUUUUUUUUUUCUUUGCAGUGCAUUAAAUGGUAAAAAAAAAAUAAUCGCAAAGAAACUGCAUUUUGUCUCGAGUAUUUCUGUUAUUUUGUGGAGAUUUUCAAUGCACCUGUUUUUGGGUGCGUUGUGUGAAUUUGCAGCAAAUGCAUUAAUUUGUUACAAAUGCUUCAGGUUAUAUCUGUGGUGUUUGUUUUUGCAAGGUUUUGUUUUUUAUUAAUUUGCCAGAUGUGCGGCGGGGGGGGGGGGGGGGGGGGGUUGGUUGGUGCAGCUACCUGUUAACAGGUUUGACGCAGGUGUUUUUUCACAACUGGAAGUUGUAUUUGUCAGGAGAAAUUCCAUCCUUUCUGCAAACUUUGGGAUCUUAAAACUCAAGAACUAUAAAACUUUCAAAAGGGAAAUUAUUAACACAUUAAUACUCAGAGGUCAAAGCUGUAUGUGCCAAAAAAAAAAAAAAAUCAUUUCUGACAUUUAUAAAUGAUUUUAGGUUUCAACUAGGAAAUAUAACAGAAACCAUGCUCUCAUUGGCCGCUAGAUGGUGACAAAAGCUUGUCAAAUGUGCGUCAAGGUCUUGAUUGUUGAAGUUAACUUUUUGGUGAAAAUAAGAUGAGCUGACAGCCAAAAAUCAACUUACAGUUGUGUCUCUUAUAGUGUUGCCACAGUUGCUUUGAAAAGUUACUUUAUUAGUUACUUUAUACGGUUACUUGAUGAGCAGCUGCCAAUAAAGUAAUCGUAUAAAGUAACUUUUCAAAGUAACUGUGGCAACACAGGUGUCUUGUUUAUAUUUGUGUUUACUGCAUAUGUUAGUGUUGUGUUAAUUUGGAAGUGUUUUUGGCCUCUCUGGACCACCAUAUCACCGUAUACUACCUCUUAAUGGUUCUACAAUAUGACAUGUAGUGGGUUUCGUCUUUAACAGUUAUUUCCAACGUGUCAGUUUUAUAAAAUGCUUUGAGCCCAUUUCUAGUUACUUCAGAGGAAUGUCGUUACGUUUUUAUCAUAUUUUCUUUGGUGUUCUUAUGUGGCGGUUAUGUGAUGCUGAUUCGGUUUCCGCUUAUGAACUGGGUGCAUAUCAUUGAUCGUAUCUUUUCCAUGUCAUGACUCUCGAAAGCUGCUUUUUCAAAAACAUCAGGUCUAAAGUACGAGUGCAAAUUUCGGUCAGCUGCUUUGAAAUCAAAAUAGUUCCGUGAACAAAAGGAGUCUGUUGUGUGAGGCGGCACACUCGUACCUGACACAUGACUCCCCAGUCUUUGAGAAGGAGAUGUGCUGUGAAAACAUGAGGCACCGCGGGCUGCUGGGAUUACAGUGAACUUACUUUGUGACCUGUUUAACUGAAUUUCACUCUGUAAUGAAAGGAGCAGGCGGCUCGGUGUCACAUGAUCCUGGGGCCACUCGAGUUGUUCUAUUCAGUUAUUCUUUAAAUAAAGCUGUUGAAUAUUA